UUUUAAUACAAUAACUAAAAACAUACAAUGUUUACUUUUUGCGUGAUACAAUAUCUGGACGCUAGUUGAGCACCAGUCCACAAUGAAGAUACGAGUAUUGUACUUAACAGUUGCGAAUAUUUUAAUAACUAUGAGUUAUGCUAAGCUUAUUUUUAAAACGACUGUUAAGUCCAGCGAUAGAAAGACCGAUGUAAAACCUGACGUUGUUGCUAAAGAUCAGAAUGAUGCUCAUUACAACUAUUUUAAUAGUAAACGAACUAUUAGAGCCGUUGAUGAUAAAAAAACAAAUAAAAACGUAACAAAUAAUAAUAAAAGCAGCAAAGACAAGGUAUUGGUAAAAAAACCUAUUCCUAAAUUCCAUGAAGUAAACAGCGAUGAAGAUUAUCAAUCGAAAUACAAGUGGAUGGAGAGACAAGAGUCUGCUGAACACGAAGAUGAAGAUUUUAAUAUUAAUGACUAUGAUUUUGAUAUAAAUCAUGACGAAUUUGUAAGCGGUAGGAAGCCUCUAGAACCAAGAAAUAAAAAUAAUUAUAAACGCCCGAGAAUUAACAAGGCUAAAAGCAUCCCAAAGGCAGACACCGCACCAAAACCAAAAUUGCCAAGGUCGUUGAUACAACGAAAAGUAACUUUUCCAAAGAAACCAAUAGCGGUAAAAGUAGUCCGGAAUGCAGCUGAGAAAAUGAGAGAAGAAGACUAUGAUCAAGAGUUUUCUACGAGUACUCAGGUAUUGGAAGAAACGACGCAUGGAAAAGAUGAUAGUGAUGAAAGUGAUGAAAUUGAUGACAGCAAAGAGUUCUUAAGUACUAGUUACGUCAGAACUGUAAGAUCACCAUGGAACUUAAGCAACUUUGUGGAGAAGCUCGGUGAGAGAACUUCAAAUAUGAUGUCGAAAUUACUAAGCCACCUUCCAAUAUUUCCACAAAUCCCUUAUGCAAAAAAGGAUGAAAUAGUAACAUUGGACGAACCAGCCAAAAACCCACUUAGAGGCCGGUAG